AUGGCCGAGAUUCAAGAGGAUUACUCCAAAGAGGAUGCUCAACGAACCCAGUCAUGGGCCAAUAUGCUGGCCGCACUCUCUGAUAAGAGCUUCACACCUCGCUCAGUCAAGCUUGGUGAGCCCUCUGGUGGCAAAUUCACCUAUCCCAUUCACAAGCGCCGUACCCAGGAAAACACCGAGGCGCUACGCAAAUCUGAACACAACCUGGACGCCUUCUGGGCCAGCAUUGACCAGCUCAUGGUCGCCAAAGCCGGUGACCUGCGCAAUACCGCAGUUCGGAGUCUUCUAUCCCAGCCACGGAUUCUCCAGCGGACUCCAGAAUGGACCGAGCCUGAAAAGGCUUCGGCCGCAGCACUGGCGCCGAACCCAGGCGAAUCCGAUCGGUAUGCCAUAAAUUUGCCGGUCUCAGCGAUAUAUUCUGGCAUCUCCCCUCGACAACUGGAUGUCGCACCGCCGAAGCAGAAGUCCAAAACGCGCAGAAAGCCCAAUCCUGCUUCUGUGGGGGAUACAGAAGUCGAAAGCCGAGGUGCAGAAACAAAACCAAUUCAAUCCUCAGCCCACAUUCCCUGUCGAUGCGCGUGCUCUAAAAGUAUUCCGAACCAUUUUCUUCAACCCUGCCACGACUUGUACUCCUGGCGAAGUUCCAUGGAAUGGUUUCCUCCAUGCGAUGACUUUGGUCGGGUUUGCUGCCACCAAGUUGUAUGGUUCGGUUUGGCAAUUUCAACCCACUAA